AUGAAACAAUUAUCCAAUCCUCAUGAUUCCUCAAACGAAGCGAUGUUUCAACAUUUGACUCAACUGACUCAGUCUUUAAAUUCUCACACAAUCUUAUUAAAUCACAUCAUCUCAUAUUUCUUUCACAUUCAAACAACUCCCCAAGCGAUGUCUUAUUUAACUGUCCACGAAGACUCAGAACUCAAAGCACUCUUUCAGUCUUUGUACUCCUUCUCUCAAGACGAUUUCGUCCACUUCUCAGACUUCUCUUCUGAAAUAGCGUCUGACGAGGAUGAAACUAAGAAGCAUCUAGCCGCACUUCCCCUUGACAAGUUUCAAAUCGCCUUAGACAUGCACGUUGGGCGGAUACCAUCUUCCUCUUUAGUUCAAAUAGUCGCCAACAUGGCUGCUGCUCGGACCAUCGAUGACUUGAAAGUGCGUUAUGUUGAAGAGCGGAUACCUGUUCCCUAUGCGGUCGCCCUCUCUCGGAAUCGUUCCGAUGAGUUUAGUGGACUUAAACCGGAGUAUAUCAAAAUGGUUCAAGACUGGACCAAUUCCGUCAGUGCAAAGGUCAUAUACAACUCAGAAGCAAACGGCCGUGAUGUUUCAAUCUUCAAUUCCGCUGUAUGUGGGAAACAUAAGAUAGCCGUAUAUGUCAUCUCCGGUAACACUGAUGUCUUUGGCUCUUAUCACACACAAACGAUCGUCUCUCCUCCAAAAAGUCGUUGGGAGGAGGUGACGGGGGACCACCACUUCUUUGUGUUUUCUUGUAAAAACUCCUUUGGCCUUCCCGGUGCAAAAUACACUCCAAAGAGUGUCGAGAAGAGUCUAAUCCUCUUCCCCAAUCGCGACAUUACCAACAUCUUUGCAGUGUCAAAUUGUUAUCAAAUCGGACAGUACGAGUGCACUGCUAUGCGCAAGAAAGACUUUAUAAGGAAUUUCAAUAACGUGCCGGAUUGUGGGACGGAACUCUUCUCCGGUCUCCGAAACGACAAGUUUGUUGCACAGAGAAUAGUAGUCGUGCAAUUGGAUUAA